UUUUGCUCUAUGACAACUUCCUCCCGGAAAAGGCAACGCGUUAGAUACCUUCUGUUUUCGCAAAUUAUGUAUAAGCUAAGUUAAUUAUUUCGGGACAACAUGAUCAUCGGAUUCUGUUUCAUCGUUGUGUUUGCAGUGCUGAUAAACAAAGUCUCUCUGCAGGUCACAGUAGAGAGUUUCAUCGGUGGUUCUGUUCUCCUGCCGUGUUCUUCAACUCAACAUGAUCUUAAACUUCAAGACACUGAUGUGUUUUGGAGAAACAAAGCUAGUGAGUCUAUUUAUGAUUUAAUUAAAGGUACAGAAUCUUUAGAGUCGCAGAACUCACGGUAUAAGAAUAGAGUGCAAACUUUCCCUGACGAGUAUAAGAGAGGAAACUUCUCCAUCAAACUCAUCGAUCUCACUCACGCUGAUGCAGGAACUUUCAUCUGCCUCAUCACACCCUCAAAUGAACGGGAGACUGUACAACUGAUAAUCAAAGAAUCAACAGAUCAAGAAAACCAUGGACCAGAAACACAAAUAUUAGACUGGUGGAAGAUAUUACUGAUCUGUGUUUUUACUCUGAUCUGUGUUUUCGGUUUGUCUUAUUUCAUAUUACAGCAGAGAAAAAGAACUCAGGGUCCCAUAUAGAAAGAACAGUAGUAAACUUAAAGUUUUAUUAGCCUCACUUUUUCAUUUUCUAACUUUAUCGCACCUUUAAUGUUACUUUUAGUCAAAUUUGUCCCGCUUUCAUUGUUUCUUUCUGCUGUAUAAUACUGCUAAGGCCUCUUGCACCUCAAGUGUUAGCAGUGCAUGUUUUCUGGCACCCAUUGUAACUAAUGUUCUCAUAAGAAGUGUUAGUGGCAUGUCUUGCAAGAUCACAUUUUAUGUUGCAGUUUCAAUGAAGCACAUCUGAUGCUGUGCUCCCCUUACAGUGUGAAACAAGCAUUACACUGUUUUGUGCUGUGAUAUUCUUGGUGACAAAAAUCACUGUCCACUGCUUGUUCUUAUUGUGUAAAAAUGAGAUUGUGAAACACUCAAACGGGAACGUGCUGUCAGUUGUUACGUUUUUUGCCUUAAAACUUGACCACAAUUGUCCUUUCUUCAUGUUUUGUUUGCCAGAAUAAAUGUAUUUUGUAUUCUUAA